GACCUUGAGAUCCUCAUUAUGAGGGAUAAUUUUAAUGUUCCUUAGUCGUUUUUAGUUUUGCCGUUAAUUUUCCGAUGUAGAAAAAAAAAAAUUCAGAACAUUUCAAAAUUUUGGGACUGAAAAGUCUCAAACCAGAAAGCAUAGAGAGAGGGGGAGAGAGAUGGCGGAGCAUGCGACGGAGAAGGUGAAGGCGGAGGCAGUGCAGAAAAUCGAAUCGUUUGAAGUUCUGCCAAAGCUUGUCGUCUUCGAUCUCGAUUACACUCUCUGGCCUUUCUACUGUGAGUGUCGAUCGAAGCGUGAAACGCCUUCUCUGUAUCCCCACGCAAAGGGCAUAUUAAUGGCGCUGAAGCAGAAAGGAAUCGAUGUUGCCAUUGCUUCUCGAUCACCAACCUCUGAUAUUGCUAAUGCUUUUCUCAACAAAUUGAACCUCAAUUCAAUGUUUGUUGCCAAGGAAAUAUUUUCAAGCUGGACGCAUAAAACUGAUCAUUUUCACAGAAUUCAUUCAACCACUGGGGUUCCUUUCAGCUCUAUGCUCUUCUUUGAUGAUGAGAAUAGGAACAUCCAAGCGGUCUCUAAAAUGGGAGUGACAAGCAUUUUGGUUGGAAAUGGUGUAAAUCUUGGAUCACUAACUGAAGGCCUUGCACAAUUUGCUAGAAACUGGAAUGCAUCGCAGAAGAACAAGCAGAAAUGGCUCACUGACUACUCUAACAAGCCAAAUACCUCAAACCAUGCUCCCUGAAAUUUAAUAUCCAAUUGGAAUAUAUGUGUGUGGAUUUUAUUCAGAAUCUCAUUGAUGAAUUUAAAUGUUGUAAUUCAAGAAUAUUCCUAAUGGAAGUCAUUGCUGAGUGAUAGUCUGAAAAUACUGUAUCAAUACAUAAGAAGAGCUUGUAAGGCAGCCUCCAUCAUGAACUCAUGAUCCAUAAACAUGUAUCUGUGUCUUAUAAGCUGUUAUACUUUGCAUUAAUGUUACCAGAAAUUUUGAAUGGUAAAAUUUGUUGAUAA